CUGUCAGAUGGAAAGACGGACUGGAAAGGGUGUCGUACACCAACAUGGCGGCGCUCAUGGACACGAGAAUAUUGCUUCGAAAAAUUAAAGAUUUACGGUGCCUGACACCCCGACGGAAUCGCGUGAAAGCCAAAUGGAACAGGAGAACAUAUGAAAGCUGGUGGUUCCUUUUAACAUGAGUCUUCAAUAUUCCCAGGCUGGCUCUCAGCCCAAGUACCCUGCCACAAACCUGGCCCUACAGAACUUUGAUGCCACCUACAGCUUACAGCUGGGAGAGCAGUGGCCCUCUGUCCGCGUCAGCAUGCUUUGUGAGCAGAAGUACGGGGCCCUGGUAAACAAUUUCUCCACCACAGAAGGGGUCAUCGCAGACCUGCAGUCCCAAGGAUGUAGAGACUUUGUCUGCCAACCAGUUGGUGUAGGAGCUCUGGAGAGGCUGCAUGCUCCUGGAUUUCCUCUCCACGAUAACCCUUCAACCCUCGAGUCUGUUGGUGUCAUUCAAGAUCUGGCUCCUCCUCGCCUCCGCACCAAUAUCAAGUGCUUUGUUUUCCCCGGGGGAGAUAUCUCCAGAUUCAAGCCUUCUAGACCCGACUUGUAUGGGAUGCUUGGGUACUACCUCAUGGAUGCGGCGUCCAUUUUGCCUGCCCUGGCCCUGGAUGUCCAGGAAGGACACUCUGUGCUGGACGUCUGUGCCGCCCCAGGGGGCAAGACCCUGGCCCUGCUCCAGACACAGGCCAUCCGAUUUCUGUGUGUCAAUGACAUCUCAGUGUCUCGUACCUACCGCCUCCAGCGGGUCCUCAACAGCUACGUACCGAAAGAGCUGUUGACAGAAGAAAGAAUGCGCAUUACUUCCUUUGACGGCAGGAAAUGGGGAGAAAUCGAAAGGGACACCUUUGACAGAGUCCUUGUUGAUGUUCCCUGCACCACAGACAGACACUCUGUCAUGGAGGAUGAGAACAACAUUUUCAAGAGGGCCAGGACAAAGGAGAGACAGAGGCUGCCCCAGCUGCAGACAGAACUCCUGCUUGCUGGUAUUGAGGCGGUUCGUCCGGGGGGACAGGUGCUCUACUCCACCUGCUCCCUGUCCCAGCUGCAGAACGAGUAUGUGGUGGAGCGGGCCAUGCACCUGGCCCGGGAGGAACACGGCAUCAGCCUACAAGUAGUCGACCUUCGACCCAUCACACGCCUCUUUAAGGACACUUUCCACUUCGCCCCCGACCCCCACUUGGGACAGCUGGUCCUUCCUCACCUCACCGCUAACUUUGGGCCCAUCUACAUGUGCAAGCUACAGAGGUUAAGCUAGAACUGAUGGACAUGAAUUUAAUUCCCUUCAAUACAACUUUAUUUAUCUCUUCAGGGGCAACCUGAUUUAAUCGGUCAUAACAUCUGACUUUACGUAUUUAUGUAUUAAUGUGAAGCACCGCAAAUAAAUACAUUGAUUAAUGGACUAUACAAAUGUAUAACUGUUUCAACAU